UAACAAAAUGCAAAUGGCUGGCGCACCAGACGUAAUGGUUUAUUAGGGAAUGUUUAUUGUUUCCGGGCGUAUAUUCACUAUUCGUAAGUGCGAUUUUGGUAGGUGCCGUAUCGUUCGUCAACAUUUUAUACAUUCGUUCGCCGUGAUCGUUCGAACAUAGUACGACGUGGAGUGCGCGAGUUUUGAUGUGAAAAUGUGUUGACACACUUAAGAACUACCGUGGUCGUGUCGACUGCGUAUCAUGACAAAGGAUUCUAUCGGUAUCCUGUGUGCCGCCGACACCUGUGAACCCGGCCGUCUUGUAAUGUCCAGGGUAUUAUCGUAAGUUGACAUGUUACAUUUAAGUACACGGCCGAGUUAGUGUUUUUUGAAAAAUAAAAACUAAAGCGACAAUAUAAUAAUAAUGAAAGGAGUCUGUAUCUGAUAUCACGCAAAUGCGACCAGUCAUGCCACAGGUAUUGCUUGCGGCAAUGCUUUGGCUCCUGGUGUCUGACAGCAAUGCGCAAAUGUUCGACCAUGACAUGGGUGUAUUAGAUAGACGGGUGCUGACCGAUGGUGUAGACUAUGAGCUGUUCAAUAAAACACUAGCGUCCAAGCCAGGGUCCGGCUCUCGGGCUUCACGAACAAAUUCGUCGCAACAACAGCAACAUGUGACAAGUCCGACUAAUCGCCUUAUACCAGCAUACAAUCCUCCAGAUCGAAACACUUUUACUCCACCUCUACCCCCAGAGCGGUUCAACCCAUUUGCUGAUAAACCGACACUUAGGGGUAGUAAUUCGGAAAAGCCAUUGCAAACUAGACGGCCAGGAAUUGUGCAGACAAAGUUUGAAAAAGAAUUUAUACCUAUUAGGCCUGUAGAUGUUCCAGUAGCCGAUACUAAAAAGAAGACAAUUAACACACCUAGUUUGAAUAAGUUAAGAGUGCCAGAAUCUACUUAUUCAGAACCAACUAGUACCACAGCAGUUAAUGGUUUCAAAGGCCUUAAUGAUACUUAUAGUAUUGUAGUACAGCAAGUACAAAACUUAUCAAGCCCAAAUGUCUUUAGAAUAUUGUUUGAUGAUACAGGUAAAAAAAUGGAUGGAUUAUUAGGUAAUGAUAAGCCAAACUUUGACCAGGAUCUUAAACCAUCUCGAACUGUUAAACAAGAAGUUCCCAAGCCCACACAACGAACUGUACAACCAAUUGAAACCACAUCUUCAUCUCAAGUUUAUGAAACUACAUCUGAAGAAACAACUGAAAAUGAACCAUCAAUAUUUAAAGAGCAACAAGUAACGGAGUCUAAAAGCGAUGUUGAUAUACCUGAAUCACAUCCAGAAAUUGUUUCUAUGCCAGAUCAUCCUGAACCAAGAGCCAGGUAUAUUCUUGGAGUUUUUUGGGAUGUUCAUGUUUAUUUAAUUGCUAUACUUUUCCUGAUAUUAGUAUUUUGUUCAAUGGUUAGUAUAGCAAGGAUAAGAGCAUUUAAGAAAUUAUUAACAUGUGGUUACUUUGUCACUAUACAUGGUUUAUUAAUAAUCAUAGGCUGUGUAAGGAGUGCUUAUUUGUUAUAUGAUCCAUAUAAUGUAAACGGAACAUUGUCUAUUCAAGUGUCUGGGUUGGCUCUGAACAUUGUAUUCCCACUCUUGUUGACCGUAUAUUCAGUUUUAUUUUUGUUUCUGUUGCGAGCCACCGAUGUAAAAACAAUUUUUUAUAGUUUACAAAAAUCGUCAUUAUUAGCAAUAUUUAUUUGUUGCUAUAUGGCAUUCUGUAUUAUUGUAUUGUUUUAUUCAGAAGCUCAUAUACUUUCAUUAGUUUCCAAAUGUAUCUACAUUCUAUUAUGUGUAAUACUUGGGGUGACUUAUGUAUGUCUAUAUAGGUCUAUGACUAAUGCUUCCUUAAGGAAACAAGGAACUAUAUUUGGAGCUAGCUUCCAUGAACAUCGCCCUACUUUGGCUCAUUCUGUACGAGUGACAUUGGCCACUAGUAUGCUGAGUCUUCUUAUGGCAUCAGUUCAAUUAUAUGGUAUGGUUGGUGUUUAUGAAAUGCUGGGUAAAGAUCAGCCAAACCCAUGGUUAUGGUGGGGUUAUCAGUUCUCUGUACGUGUGAUUGAGAUAUCAUCAUGUUUUUUGAUAUUUUGGGCAUCCAUACAGCCACUGAGGUAUACUAGCGAAAAAGAAGCUCAAAAUCAAUCCGGCUUAACAUUAUUCCCAUGUCGUGGUACUGUUUCCCGGAGUGAUCCACCAUCAGAUGACAUUUAUCCAGCCAUCUGCAGUGCCAAUCAAGCUGUACAUAAUUACACAUUACGUACAGGUAAACACAUAUAUGAUGACACAUACUCAAUGGGUGGUCCGCCGUUGGCUAACCAUCAGUUAUUUGCGCACACUACUGAAAGGAGAUCAUUAAAACGAAUGGAUGAUGACUCUAGAAGUAUGUAUGCGUAUGCAGAGAGAGCAGCCAUACAGCCUUCACCGUCCAUGUUAGUCGCUGAAAAUGGAUUUGUUAGGUUUAGAUCACUAGCUGAUGAACGUAACUCAGAAGAUCAGAUGUAUCCGAUCAAAAUUCAUCAUCACAGGGAUAACUGUUGUACUUAAUAAAUAGACCCUAAAUAAGUUGACUAUUCUUUUUUAUUUUUUUAUUUUUGUACAUAGAAUAUUUAUGUAAUUUUUUUCUGUUUAAAUUUAAUGUGUUCCUUUAGCUUAAACAACAUUCCAUUAUAUAACAUUUUCGUUUCUUAUUACCUAUUAUUUUUUUUUUUUUCAAAGACUGCUUUAUUUCUUAGGGGCCAAGUAUAGUAUCAGUAUGCCAAUUUAUGUAUUUAAAAUAUAAAGGGGUAAAAACUCUUAAUAUUGGUUUUACAUGACGUACUUAUUAUUGAACAAACCAUACAAACUGGCCUAUACUUAACACGUUUAUUUAAUCCUUAAAAAAAAAUAGUUUAGCUUCUUUAUUUUUUUACUAACAUGUCUGUGCCAUUUUUUUUUAUAGGUACUUUCAAAAUGUCUACCUAGUAACAAUUUUAUAAAAUUCAGUUUUUGAAAUCCAUUUAUUAUUGUUAAAACAAUGAUAUCAUCCGUCCCGGUUUAAAUAUUUUUCCAUAAAUCCAUGUGUAUUGGUACUCAUGUUAUAAAUUUCUGAUAAAUUAAAAAAAGACCCAGAAUAAUUACUAAUAUUAAUUAUUCUGUGUAUUUAGUAAUAUUUUAUUCAGUUUGGACUCCCAACAUUUUCAACACUGAAUGUAAUAAUAUCAUAGUAAAUACCGCUUGAUGUGAUAACUAACUUAUAGUUUAUACUUUUAAGAUAUUUAUUUAAAAAAAAAAGGUAGUUAUAUAAUAGGAAUUUUAAUUUUUAUAAAUCCAGAUUCCACUUUAUAUAUGUAUUAUUGAAUUUUUCUUUUUAUAGUAUUAAUCCAUUAUUGUUUGUGAUAAUAUGAUCAUAUUAGCGGUACACACUAUUAUAUAAAACUUAACAAAUUAUAAUGUUGAAUUUUGUUUCAGAUGUUUAAUUAACUUGAGUAUCAACUAUUAUUAGGAUUUUAUGACUUAUUUAGUAGAAUUGCUUCUUGCCCUAGUUUAAAUUUGCAUUUAAAUGUGUUCCUUUGAGUUAAAAAAAAAAAAUAAUAA